AACAAAGUUCAGCUGAAACGAAUAAUUCUAGUAAUGAAGGUUCUGAAAAAUAUGUAAUUUCUCCACCUAAAAAUAAUAAACAAAAAGCCAAAGCUCCUAUUUUACCUUAUCAUGAUCAAUAUCCUUGGAUAUUUUAUGAUAUAAAUAAGAAUAGAAUAUUUUGUAUGCUAUGUAUGACUCAUGGUCAAAAAAAUGAAUUUGCUAAAGCAAAUAAAGGGUCAAAAAAUUUUAAAAUUAAUACACUAUUUGAAUAUGCUAGUAUUAAGCAAUAUGAGAAGGCUUUUCAAUUAAAAGGUCAAAAAAAAGGCAAUGAAAACUGUUAUAAAAUGCUAUAUAUUGAAACUAGUAAUGAUAAUAGUUCAAUGUAUAAUAUUUAUACUACUAGUCUUGAAAUGUUGGAUGCUCUUGUUCAAAUAAUUGAAGAUAAAAUUUGGCAAGAUUUAGUAACUUGUUCAGCUUUUAGAAUAAUGUUAAAUGAAAGUACUGAUAUUGCAACUGAAUCACAUGUCAUAUUAUAUGUUAAAUAUUAUUUACAUUGGAUGAUAAAAGUAUGA